AUGUUUGAUAAUUCGGAUGAUUAUGACUUCACGCCAACACAAAAUUCGACAUUAUCCUCCCUUUUUGGUUCUCCAAUGCUUUCCCCCAAAGAUGCAAAUGAAAGUUUAACUUACACUGCCCCAAAAAAAACAUUUGUAGAAAAAAGCGAAGUAAAAAAAUCCCCUCAAAGUUCUGUGUUAUAUGCAAAAAUUGUAUUGUUGUGGGUGUUGUACGUUCAAACUUUAGCACAAUUGACUGCAUGUAAACAUGGUUUAGCAAUAGUUGAAUAUAAAGAAGAAAAUAAGUAUGAGUUGAUAAUUUAUAAGGAAAAAAACAAUAUUUUAACUAGAAUAGGCUUAUCAAGCAAUUUUAAGCUUAUUUUACAAGAAGACAACUUCUUUUCUUUCCAUGACACCACUCAUAAACACUGGAUGAUAAAAUUUGACAAUGUAGAAGACAAACUAUCAUUUUUUAAGGAAGCCAGUAAAUACAAAAUACCAAUUGAAGACUACAAACCAGUUAAACCCCAAAAUACUAAACCCCCAGAUGUUAUAAAACCACCAUCUGUAAGUUCUCAAAGCAGCGCAGAAACCAACAGUAAUAUAAACCAAAACAAAGCAAACAUUUUAUCCAGAAUUACAAAAAUGGGUCAGCAAAUUUUACCAGUGGAAAAACACCAAGAAACCAGCACUGAAAUCAGUGAUUCUGAUUUUGAAGAUUCCAAAACAGAGAAAGUUACUUAUCCGAGAAAAUUUAUCAAGAAAGAAAAACCCCAUACUUCACAUCAAUUAGUUAUUUCCCAAAAAGAGGAUAUUUAUUCUCAACCAGUUCAAUAUCAGCCACAACCUGUACAGUAUGAUUCUUUUUCACUACUGCUUAACCAAAAUAUGGAAAUGAAAUAUGCCCUGACACAGUUAAAUAUGAAAUUAGAUGGUAUUACCAAUAAUACACAAAAUGAUUCCCAGUCAAAAGUAAAAGUAUUGCUGUUAAAACUUGAAAAUGUUUCUUCAGAAUUGGAGGAUUAUAAGUUAAAAUAUAAAAAAAUACAGUUGGAAAAUAAUAAUUUGAAAGAAAGUAAAAUAAGCGAGGAAGCCAUAGAAAGACAAAAUAUUUUAAUGGAAGAACUUCGUAAUGAAGCAGAUAAUAAUGCAAUGAGGCAAUUAAAAAACGAACUGGAUGAUUUUAAGACUCAAGUCAAUACCCAAAAUUUAAAAUUAAAGGAUUUUGAAGACUUUUAUAAAGAAAACAAAGAUAAUAAAACAGUUAAGAACCAAAACGAAGAACAGGCUAAAAAAAUUGAAAACCUUCAGUUAAAAUUGAAAGAUUUUGAAGACUAUUACCACAAAAAUGAAAGUGAAAAAGCAAAACAUAAAAUUACUCUACAAGAACUAAAUAAACAAAUAAAUGAUUUGAAAGAAAAAUUAGGGGUUUUAGAGGAACCCCAACAAAACUUGAACAAUUCCAAUAUUAAUGAUCAACAAUUAAAUGCAAUAAAGAAUCUUAUAAAGCAAUGCAUGAAUCAUACAUAUGAAAGUAUUGCAGAACAUUUCAAUGAGAAUGAGCAAUAUUCAAGUGAUCAAAUUGUAUCAACUGUUGCUAAAGGAAUUAAGGAGGGGACUUACCAAAUUAUACAAGAACUGCCUAAUUGUUUUAAAUUUAAUGAUAAGGUUGUUUAA